AUGGGCCGCCAGCCAUACAUAGUUCGGCUGGCUUUGGGCCGCUCUCCAUAUGAGCCGCCUGAGCCAAGCGACUCACAGCAUCAAGCAUCGCAUAGUCGCAGUACAGAUGGAUAUGUCCAACGGUAUGAUGAAAGAGGCCAUCCUAUCUUUCCCGAGUCCAAGGCUCUGGCUCGCGAGCUUCGACGAGCAAAGAACGAUGUUUUGUCAACUAUGGGGGUUGUGGUUAGUGGCGAAGCAGGCCGUGCAGGCAAUUUACGAGACAAGAGAAGCUUCAAUGCUGUCACCGCUGAAAAUGACUACGGUCUAGUCAUAGUAGCCUUUGACCAUGCGGUACAUUUCUUUGGCUCAUGGUGGGUCGGCUCACUAAGCCGCCGUAUCCAGACCUUCAAAAGCUAUACCAAUAUUCCGCUUAUUCGCCUGUUCAAGUCCGAAUACCAAAAAUUCGGAUGGCCAGCUGAGUUCUUCGCGGGCAUGCCACUCUGGGCAGCUAGAAUCAUAUUGCCUAUAUGCAGAACACAAUUAUUUGAGCCCCUACUCAUCUACAUUCAGGAUAAACUCACGCCAUAUGUGAAACAAUCCUAUACCCGACUUCUGGAGGGGUGCUUCUCCAUGAUUCGUUCUGCAGCACGGCUCGUUUCAUUCGUAUUCUUCGAGCAGUUACAUAUGUUUUGUAUUCUCCAGACCCUCCAUCUUAUCCCCCAUAAAGCUUAUCCCAGGUCCGCAUUCCUGCUCCCGUUUACAAGAUACUCUUUGAUUCAGAUUCCAUCUCUUCCAUCUGAUUUUUCCUUCAUUUCGCUUGGGCACUUUGCAUCUCAACUAGCGGCAACGCCCUUUGCGUUCGCAUUCAUCUAUGUUCUCGUUCGACCAUACGUCGAAGAGAAGAUAUAUCGGCUUAUCAGAAGACAUUUACCUAAGCAAGAGAGGCCCGAUGAGGUCUCCAUUCAGGUCGCUAUGGAAAAUGAUCUUCUCGAAUGGACAUUACCGAUAGCGGGGCGGCGCACCGAGGAGGAAACUCGCCGAAGCAAUUUGAGUCUACUGGAAGAUAUGAAAGAAGAGCUGCGAGUAUUUCAGCAGUGGCUGUUCCGUCGGCUUGGCUGUAACCAUGAUGAAUCCGACGAAAAUGUAAGCGUUAUCAGCCACAACGAUAUUGUCACAAUUCGCGAAGACACCCUCUUCGCACAAUCCCUACAGAACAACAUCGAUCAAAUGCCAGCGCCAUCCGCCAAUACGGUGUCAAAUGCCAAUAGACCAGCUCCUCUUGCCCACGAGCACACAUUGACAAAUGAGCAAUUGACUCAUUCACCAGGCGAAAUCACCCCAAAUGCUAUAAAUGAAGUACAUCCUGCGGAGCGUGCUGGAAGGGGCGAGAUUAUUCGAGAACAAUUAUCCGGAUCUUGGAUUCCGUUUCAAGACAACGAUCAAGACUCGCGAGCUGACACAUUGUUUUCCCGUCCUCGAACGCCAGAAUCGCCACUAGCUUCUCCUCGCAUUCGAGCAUCUCUGACUCAUCAAAACUCAUUUACGACGACCAUGGAAUUGUCGCUUCAAGACAGCCGAAGUUCAAAUAGACAAAACGGACUCGAGCCUGUUGUUGAGAUUGAGCAUGGAGACACCACGCUAGGCGAAUGGCCGAUUCCUCUUGACGAGUCCCAAAUUGACGGUCAGAUGUUGAAUCAAGUAAGACGAGAAAUAGAUGAAUUAGAGCAACUUGCUGCCGCGGCUGAUGCCGAACCUUUGAACGUCGCGUUGAGCCCAACAGAAAACGAGCGCCGGUGGGAAAGUCUCAACACAGAGCUCGAAGUAAUGGACCCAGCAUCAGAUCCCGUCUUACCUCAUGCAGUCGAAGAACCCAUGCAUAAUCCUACACAUCAAUUUGGUAUGGAUGCAUUAUCGAACGCCGGCACUGAAGCGUCAGCCUCAGAUUUGCCCGCCGAUCUAGCUCCAUGGAGGUCGUCGAAUGAGCAGCACCCUGAUAUAAACAAACAACGCGUCACAGUCCUCUCCUCAUAUCCUGCCGAUGCAUUAGCGCACCAUCUGGCCUCAGUCAUCAGCGGUAUCAUAUUCAUACCAUUCGAAUCCUUCUUCUACCGUUCUCUGGCUAGAAGCUACUUAUCUUCACAGCUCGCCACCGUCUACGGUGGUCAUAAUCUCGGCCUCCUUUCCGAUAUCCGUGACCUUACUAGCUUUGCUGGCGGUGGAGGUAGACGAGACAUGUUCGCUUAUAUGUCCAAACUUGCCUUGAUACAGUGGAUUCAGACAGGUAUCAGUGGUGUCAUACUCGGGGUGUGCUCUGCUACUGCAAUUGGAAUUGGGAAGAGAGUGUUUAGAUGGGGGAACCUGUAA